CGGGCUCAGUCUGUCCGUCUGUCCAGAAUUCUGCCUGCGGACUCUCUGUCCCCGGCGCAGGCCCGAGGCCGGCCCUCUCAGGCUCGCUGUGGAGGCUGGACCCCUCUGUCCGGGCCCACGGCCCGCCCCCCUCCGGCCGCUCCGCCGGGGCCCCUGCGCCGGGCCCAGGUCGCUGCUGUCCCGGCUGCCGCCGUCGCCCUCCUCGCGGCGCCUCCAGUCCCAUGCGGGCCGCCGCGGGCAGCGCCCCGGCCUCCGCCUCGCUCAGGCUCCCACGGCACGGGCAGCGCCUCAUGCCCGCUCCUUCGGUUCGGGCUUCGGCCGACCCGGCCCCUCCUAUCCCUUUAAAUCCCGCGAGGGGUGUGGCUGGGGAGCCCCGACUCCCGGGUUCCGGCCCGCGGAGCUCCAGCCCGCCCCGCCGCGCAAGGGUUAACCGAUACUCCCCUCAAAGGGGAAAGCCCCGAAGCCCCGCCCCACCGGACGUGACGGAACGGAACGAGACGGAGCCUCGUCCGACUCCGCCUCCCAAGGGGAGGGGGUUUGCCUCUGAGCAUCCGAAGCGCGGCCAGGCAAUGUGGCUGAAGGUGGGGGGCCUACUUCGGGGGACCGGUGGACAGCUGGGCCAGACUGUUGGUCGGCCUUGUGGGGCCCUGGGGCCUGGGCCCCACCGCUGGGGACCAUGUGGAGGUUCUUGGGCCCAAAAGUUUUACCAGGAUGGGCCUGGGAGAGGCCUGGGUGAGGAGGACAUUCGCAGGGCACGGGAGGCCCGUCCCAGGAAGACACCCCGGCCCCAGCUGAGUGACCGCUCUCGAGAACGCAAGGUGCCUGCCUCCCGCAUCAGCCGCUUGGCCAACUUUGGGGGACUGGCUGUGGGCUUGGGGCUAGGAGUACUGGCCGAGAUGGCUAAGAAGUCCAUGCCAGGAGGUCGUCUGCAGUCAGGGGGUGGUUCUGGGCUGGACUCCAGCCCCUUCCUGUCGGAGGCCAAUGCCGAGCGGAUUGUGCAGACCUUAUGUACAGUUCGAGGGGCCGCCCUCAAGGUUGGCCAGAUGCUCAGCAUCCAGGACAACAGCUUCAUCAGCCCUCAGCUGCAGCGCAUCUUUGAGCGGGUCCGCCAGAGCGCCGACUUCAUGCCCCGCUGGCAGAUGCUGAGAGUUCUUGAAGAGGAGCUCGGCAGGGACUGGCAGGCCAAGGUGGCCUCCUUGGAGGAGGUGCCCUUUGCCGCUGCCUCAAUUGGGCAGGUGCACCAGGGCCUGCUGAGGGACGGGACGGAGGUGGCCGUGAAGAUCCAGUACCCCGGCAUAGCCCAGAGCAUUCAGAGCGAUGUCCAGAACCUGCUGGCGGUACUCAAGAUGAGCGCGGCCCUGCCCGCGGGCCUGUUUGCCGAGCAGAGCCUGCAGGCCUUGCAGCAGGAGCUGGCUUGGGAGUGUGACUACCGUCGUGAGGCGGCUUGUGCCCAGAAUUUCAGGCAGCUGCUGGCAAAUGACCCCUUCUUCCGGGUCCCAGCCGUGGUUAAGGAGCUGUGCACGACACGGGUGCUGGGCAUGGAGCUGGCUGGAGGGGUCCCCCUGGACCAGUGCCAGGGCCUGAGCCAGGACCUGCGGAACCAGAUUUGCUUCCAGCUCCUGACGCUGUGUCUGCGGGAGCUGUUUGAGUUCCGAUUCAUGCAGACUGACCCCAACUGGGCCAACUUCCUGUAUGACUCCUCCAGCCACCAGGUGACCCUGCUGGACUUUGGUGCAAGCCGGGAGUUUGGGACAGAGUUCACAGACCAUUACAUCGAGGUGGUGAAGGCUGCAGCUGAUGGAGACAGAGACUGUGUCCUGCAGAAGUCCAGGGACCUCAAAUUCCUCACAGGCUUUGAAACCAAGGCAUUCUCCGACGCCCACGUGGAGGCAGUGAUGAUCCUGGGGGAGCCUUUCGCCACCCAGGGCCCUUAUGACUUUGGGUCGGGGGAAACGGCCCGCCGCAUACAGGACCUCAUCCCGGUGCUGCUGCGGCACCGGCUGUGUCCCCCACCCGAGGAGACCUAUGCCCUGCACCGCAAGCUGGCAGGGGCUUUCCUGGCCUGUGCCCACCUCCGAGCCCACAUCGCCUGCAGGGACCUCUUCCAGGACACCUACCACCGCUACUGGGCCAGUCGCCAGCCAGACGCAGCCACUGCCGGCAGCCUCCCCACCAAAGGGGACUCCUGGGUGGAUCCCUCAUGACAGCCUCCAUGGGGGAUUCAGUCCCCAGAGCAGGCCAUACCCUGCUGCAGUGCCUCUUAUCCCUUCCCCGUCUGCCCUGGGUCAGAGGAGCCCCCUUGGGCUUCCCAGUCUUGCCUGGCUCUCCUCCUUGGCCCAGGAGCUCAGGAUCCCUGGGGCUGGGGAACUCCCAACUUCGUGCCCUAGAUCCUGCACCUCCCCACUCGAAAGUGGGUAUCCGAAAACUAAGCCAGGGAAGCGGUUAACUUAUCUUUGCCAACAUUUGAGGGAGCCUUGGGCCGCUGCAUGUCGUUAUGCAGAUCAGACUCAUCAGGGGGAGCCCUCACCUCUGCCUCAAGCCUCCCGUGGAAGGCGAGAUGGUCCUGGAGGCAGUCCUCACCUCUGCCUCCCUUGCUCCUCCAACAGCUGCCUUCUCCCGGGUUCCAGCCUCUCAGUGUGUUGGAGAGGUAGGGGUGCGGGGUGGGGGGGAGCUGAAUCUUCAAUCGGAAUAAAAGCAGCCCUCCCCUUC